UCGUUUCAUCAUUACGUGGAACUAGAUGAUGAUUGGAGCGGAUGAAUACGUCACGCGGUGCUAUCAGACGGCUUUGUUUCCAUUCUCCGGUUGGACGCCACCUUGGAUUGUGCUACAGUCACUAACUUUUUGCCCUUCAUUAUGGCUCCCAGCGUAAGUCAGACUCUUCUGAUGGAAUUCUGACUUACGGUGAAAAUCGACUUGCGUCUUGCCCUAGGAACGAAACUCCAUCGUAAGUCAAGGACCUCCUGUACUGAAGGAAGUGAAACCUCAUAUUUUACUGACAUGCUAACAGGAAUGCAAGGUUUUAGGCCAGCUAACUAGCCUCAGUCUGUUGCUAUAUUUAUUACUCUGCCAAGGAACAUGGCGGAAUUAUAUGACCAUCGGCGUACGUCUGUCUGUCUGUCUGUUCACAACGUUACUCUAAAACAGACGAAUCGAUUUGGAUGAAAUUUUCAGAGAUGGUCAGAAAUGACACAAGGACCACAAGAACGUCUUCAAGAAACUACAAGAGAAGUCCAGAGAGGCCCAGUGGACAUCUCUUGUUCUGUCUUGUUUUUGUCUCAUUUUUUUUCAUUUUGUGUCUUGUUUUUGUCAUUUUGUGUCUUGUUUUUGUCAUUUUGUGUCUUGUAUAUGUUGUUUUGUGUCUCAUUUUUGUCGUUUUGUGUCUUGUUUUUGUCGUUUUGUCUCGUUUUUGUCAUUAUAGUCUGGAUACAUUACUACAACUAUGCUCCAAAGCUGUAACAAAACCAGGAGACAACAUGGUUUGGUGACUAAAAGAGGGUGUAUUGCCACGCAAAGCAACCAUGCAUGUGCAGUAAGGUCCGCAACCAGAAAACCACUAUGCUGCUGGAGCUCCGGCCGGCAGGAGCUCCUGUCUGAGCCCCGCUUGACUGGAAGCAGGUGAGAUUAAAUGCAGCUGAACCACCAGAUCGUAGGUGUGGCUCAAUCAGGUGAUGACCAGGAACAGGCACACCUGGUGUCCAGGUGGAGGGUCAUCACAACACGGAUUUGUUAAAGAUUUCUGUAUCAUUGCCAGAUAGCGGCACAGCGUCACUGUAACCAUGACAAGUGAACACUAUAUGAUCACAUGAUUGUGAUCCUACUACAAAUCCACCACUGAGGACUUAUCAGGACUUAUCCGUCAGAAAUGAUCCAAGGAACAACUGAUUAAAUUGUGGGGGUAUUUCUGAGUCCCAUCAAUUCCCGCCGCCUGCUACAUAUUUAUGUCACGUGAUUCGGUGUUUGUACAUAACGUACACAUGCAGAACACAUGCCUGUGCUCAGCAUGAGGUCAUUUUUAAUUAAAGAUUUCAUGUGUCGGAAGUGAUACAGUGACUGAGCAUCCUUGGAGGAGUACUACAAUCUCGGAGUGCUUUUCUUGGGAUAAUUUGUCUCCAGCAGAGUAGAACACAAACAGUCAUCAGUCUUUGUUGUGGAGUUCCUCAAGGUUCUGUAUCGGAUCCACUGUUUCAUUAUUCAGAAGUACAGUUCUGCCCUGUCCAUCUGAUUAUUUUUUUCUGCUGUGAAAGAUCAGGUCCUGGUAGCAACUGAACAUCCAGAAAUAUUCCACUGCAGAACCUUGCUUUAGGACGACCAGAACUGUUCUGUGUUCCAGCCACAAGAACUGUCUGUAGAACUUCCUCCUUUCUGAAAAGAUAAAGAGUACUAUCUGAGAGGUUAAAACUGCAGCAAAGUGCAACAGAAACAACAACUCUGCUGCAACCGUCACAAUUCACUGUGAGGUUCCUCAAGGUUCUGUUCUGGAUCCACUGGUGUUUUCAGUAGAAGAAGAUGAAGUUCUACCCCUGACCUUACCUCAGAUGCACAAUAUGUACAUAAGUCAACGUCAAGUUGUUGUGGAAACAGUAAAGUGUUGUUUGUUUGAAGCUGCUCAGUGAAGUAAACAUCUGGGUACCUCAGAAUAUUUCACCUCGAGAACAAACAGAAACACUUUAAACAGAAGUAAAAACCACCACAGAUGUGAAACCAGCCUGAAUGUCUUUCAACAAACAGCAGCUGAGUAAUUAUUGGCACAAUCCAAACCAGCUGGGAGCUAAACCGAACAUGAAUUUCAAACCUUUUUCCAUUUCUGUGUUGAUUCAUAUUCAUGUCCUGACAACAACUAAAAUCCUGACCAAAGGAAAGUGGAAGAAAUAUCCACUAAAUAGUUUGACUCAUCCUUCAGUUUCCUCCAAUAAAAGGUCUUUUUAAAGCUCAGAUGCAGAAGUUGUGGCUGUGAUGCUGCCGUUAUUUUGAACAGAAAUCUGAUGAAACUGUUUUUUUAGAGAAUUUUCUGUGACAGACUUCAUUCUGUGCAACAUUGCAUUUAAGCAAAACCAUCGUGAGGAGAAAAGAAGAAAGAAAGAGGAAGGAAAAAAGCUGGCAGAACAUGAAAGCUCUGAUGAAACCGCUGGGAUGACGAGAACUUUACAGAAGUGAUGAAGGGAAUUCAUCUUCCUGCUACAUGUGGAAUAAAUCAGCCUGAAUUCUGCUGCUGACAGUUUAAUUUCAUCUGUUUACUGGUUUAUUCUAAGUUUCUAGUUCUAGAUCUGGAUUUCUCUGCUUCAUGUCCGCAGACAUCUGGAGACGAUUUUUAAUCAGAAAAAUGUUGAGUGUUUAAGACUUGAAUUCAAGAGAUUUUAGUCAGAAAUUCAAAGUCUUUUUCAAAACAUCUAAAAACUGGAACCUUGUCUGGUCAAACUUUAACCCAUCAGAUUCUACUGAUGUUAGAGCCUCAACAGUUGGAGAAAUGUUGACCAAAGACUGGAUUUUUACUUUCUUUUUUUGAAUUUUGAAAGACAGAUAAUCAUUCAUUGUUGUUGUUUGGACAGUUUUGAGUAACCUCUGUGAUCCUUUCUGUUGUUUUGGAUAAACUUUAAGUCAUUGUGGACAGUUUUUUUUCUUCAUUUUAGACAAAUUUCAAGUAAUUUUGGAGAAUUUUGAGUCAUUUUGGUCACAUUUCAGGUUAUUUUGGACAAAUUAUGAUUUAUUUGGGACAAGUUGUGGGUAAUUUGAACUGGUUUCGAAACAAAACAUCUAAAAACUGGAACCUUGUCAGGUCAAACUUUAACACAUCAGAUUCUACUGAUGUUAGAGCCUCAACAGUUGGAGAAAUGUGGACCAAAGACUGGAUUUUAGUAGAAAUAUGGAUCCAUCCAUAGAUAUAAACACUGACAGGAACAUUACAGAGACACUAGACGAGCCUGGAUUGGACAUUUUGCACUUUUUUCCAUUUUCAAGGACCAAUAAUUCUUCAGAAUUGUCCUUUUUUGACAACUUUGACAGUUUUCAAUGAGUUUUGGUCUAGUUUCUAGUCAUAUUGGGCCAUCGGUAAUUUAUCAGAUAUCAUAAUGUCAAAUGAAGAAUGAAGUAUUGGUUCAGAUUAAACUGGGUUGAGGCUCGUAGGCCUGAGAGGUUCUACUUUAUUUUAUUUUACUAAUAUUUUAUUAGUAGAGGUUCUCUAUAUUUUAUUAUUUUAAACAUAUUUUGAGUCUAUUUUUACAAGUUUCAAGUCUUUUUAUGACAUUUUGGAGUCAAUUUGGACCAUUUUUAUCUAAUUUUGGAGCAAUUUUGAGCCAUUUUGAUCGAGAUUCAAGUUAUUGUUGGUGAAAUGUGGACCAAAGACUGAAUUUUAGUAGAAAUAUGGAUCCAUCCAUACACUGAUGACUGAUAAUCGUCUUCUGAUGUGAGAAUCACGCAGAAUAUUUUACUUUCAGUUUCAAGUGUGUUUUUUUUCUGCAGCUGCAGCAGAUUCUUUCUAUAAAAACAGGAAUCUGUUGGUUUCAUGGUUCAGAGGGUAGAAGCUGCUGCCAGUCGGGCUUCAAACAUGGAGAAGGUCGUGACUAAAUAUUUCCAUCGCCAUCUGAGCGUCUACGCCGCCAUCAUCAUGAUGUUCACCUACAACGUCCUGCUGGACCGGGACUUCUCCUGCUCCUGCAGGGCUCAGCGCCUGGAGUGCAGCUUCUACAUGGUGCUGCCUCUUCUCAUCAUCGUCGUGUUGAUCCUCUGGACCGAUCGGCCGCUUCACAGCAUCUGCAGACACGUUUGUAGAAGACGCUGUUGGUCCUGGAGCUUCAUGCCUCGUGUGCUGAAGGCUCUGCUGGUGGGGCUGCUGUGGGUGGCCUUCGUCCUCAUCGAUGGAGACUGGUACGUCUGCUGCAGGAACAACCUGUCCGACCUGCUGGUCCAUCUGCCCUGCACAGACCAGACCAAGAUCACCGCCGAGGAGCGAGUCCGGAUCGUCGAGCUGAAGAACUGGUCUAGGGUUUAUGGCUCCGUUCUGCUGCUGGCCAUCGUACUUAUUGCAGCUUUAAUGUCCGUCUUUGAGUGGGAAAGAUGCUGCAACACUCAGCCUCUAUUCCAGAGACUGAUCCUGGAGGCCAAAAGAAACAAACUGGAGGAGGUUCUAAGGAAAGCAGCCGAAGAAAAGCUGACGGAGAAAGUCAUCGAGAAGAUAGACGAUGGACCAUGGGACCAAGUCUGUGACGUCGUUGAAACUCUGAUUGAAGAAUCACAACAAGGACGAGACCUGGGGGGACGAGAAAACAGACGCAGAGCAGCAGAACACCAGGAGGAGGAACUGAAACUGGCCCAGAGACCAGAGUGAGAACUUCUCGACGCCGAGGAUCCAAACUUCGAGAGAAGAAACGACGAUGUGAAAUAAUGAAACCAGAGAAAGAAACAAACAUCCAGAAACUUGUAUCUUAUUUUCUGAUUUAAAUAAAUGGUUUCUAUUAUCUGCAGUGAGAACAAACACAAAAUGACACAAAAUCUUCUUAAAGCACAUUUUUAUUGACGUCUGUUUUAUUUUAUUGAUUUUAUUUGUUCAUUUUAUUCUCUUUUAUGAUUUUUUCUAUUUUUUUUCUUUCCUGUUUCUAAUAAUCUGAAUAUUUCUAUCCUUUUCUUUAUGGUUUUUACCCUCGAUUUAUUUUAUUCCACUUGUUCUUUCUUCGUAAGUGGAUAUUUUAUUGAAAAUCUUUUACCAUAAUUAAACUUUGUUUUCCAGUUUUGUCCCUGUUGUUGUUGAAAUGCUCCAUCUAAAUAAAGUUAUUAUUACUGUUGUUUUUAUUAUUGUUAUUACCUGCAGUCUGCUGCUGAUGAAUCCUUCAUUGUUUCUGUUGAUGUUUCCUCAAACAGUUUCAUUAAAACCCGACUGAAGUUUAUCGUCGGUUUUCAAACGUCCAUGUUUCAGUUCAGACUCCAGCUUUGGUUUAAAAAACUCCCAAAGAGAAACGGAGUCGCUGUCUUUUCUUUGAGUUUGUUUCUAAAAAAAAAAAAAAAAAAAAAAUGUUAAAAUCAGAGACGACAAACCAAGAAAUCCAGAAACUUCACAAACUCUCCUGGAGGUUUUCUGUCUUCAUGGUCAUCUUAUAUUCCAUUUCCAUCAUUCUGUGUGAAAUUAAGACGGUUUCUGACUCAUUUUUGUGUCUUUUUAUAGUUGUUUUGAGUCUCAUUUUCACUAUUCUGUGUAAUAUUAAUUUGUUUCUUUCUCACUUGUUUAUUACUUGUAAUCUUCUGGCAUUUUGUGUCUUUUUAUGGUUGUUUUGUGUUGUUUUCUUCAUGCAAUUUAAUUUUAGUCAGUUGUUUUGUAUCCAUUUGUGGUGAUUUUCUGUCUCAUGUGGAUGAGUUUUUGUCUCUUUGUCAUCAUUGUGUCUUUACUUUUUCUUUUCUAUUUUUUACUGGUCAAUUUGUGUCUAAUUUUUGUUGGUUUGUGUAAAAUUGGGUAAUUUUUGACUCAUUGUUGUCGUCUUUCUGAUCAUUUUCUGUCUCUUUGUGGUCAUUUUGUGUAGUUUGGUGUCUUAUGUUUUACGUGUUUUCCGUCUUUCUUUCUAUCUUUGUUUUUUUUCGUUGAUCAGAUGAACCUGCCGCUGGUUGUGAGGAACCAGAACUGUUCUAUUCAUAAGUGAGAAUAUUUUAAAGCAGAACCAGAACAUCUGAUGAACUCUCCUCUAAAACCUCCAGCUGAAUGAAAACAAA